AUAUUUUUUUCUUACUUUUAUUUUGGGUAAUUGUUUGGCUGACUUCCCCCCCCCCUAUUUUUCUUUCUAUUUUCCCCUAUUUUUUCUCUCUUUAUGGCAAAUUAUAUAUCGGGCAAAAAAGCUCAAAAUGGUCAGGGAACUAGGAAAAAUGGGAGGGUCAGCCAAACUAUUACCCCUUUAUUUGCCAAUAUAUAAUAUUUUUCUGGUGAUGACUGAAUCAGUAUUUAAUGAUAGACCAUUUUUGGAAUUUUUGUCUACUCAAGGAGAAGAUCUUAUUCAACAAUUAUAUGAAUCGCAGCAUUGUGUUAUUGCUAUUAUGAGAAUGUUACCUUUUGAUGUUCAACAGUGUUUGAUACAAUUAAUGUUUAUAAAAAGCAAGGAUUGGUUUUCUGGCAAUGAAAAAAUGUGGAAACAAGCUAUUAAUUCUUUACAACUCCUUAAAAAAUUGGGUAUUUUAGAAGGUGAUUUGGAACAUGAAAAUUUGAGAUUAAAUUUAGAUUUUCGAAUGAAUUAUAUUGCAAGCCUUUUAACUAGUCUAAAUAAAUUGUCAGGAUUAUCUUCUCACCCUUUAGAUGAUAAAUCACAAAAAUCAGCAAAUAAAGAUUUACUUGGAAAAAGUAUUUCGAGAUGGGAAUCAAUUUUAUGUUAUUUGGCUCUUCCUAAUGAAACACCUGAUAAAAGUGUUUCAGAAACAACACGUUCACUUUUUCAUUUUAUUGGAUUAAUCAAAGGAAGCACAAGAGAACCAGAAAUUUCUUCAUCUGGAUUUCAAUUUCUUUUAAUGAGUAGAAGUGAACAAAUUUGGACUUAUUUAAUUCAUUAUUUUCGUUUUUUAUCUUCAAAGAAUGAGCCAAUAUUUCCUUUAAUUGAAUUCUUUUUAAGACUAACUAUUUGUAUUCAACCAAAUGAAGGGAAAAUUAGCCCUCAAGUUCUCGAUCAAACAUGGCCAGAAAAUAUUCAAGCAUUUUUAAUGACACUUAGGGAAAUUGGCCUUAUAUUCAUUCGAAAAAGAAAGGAUGGAUGGUUUUUAUUAACCCCUUUAUUUGUUGAAAUAACUAGAGAAAUUGGAAAUGGAGGAGAAAUUGUGGAAAAUUCAAUGGAGAAUAAAGGAGAAGGGCUAAACAAAAAUGGAUUUCUUAUUGUUGAAACAAAUUAUCGUAUUUAUGCUUAUACAAACUCAACACUUCAAUUGGCAAUAAUUUCAACAUUUGCUGAAAUUAUUUAUCGAUUUCCAAAUGUUUCUAUUGGUUUACUCAGCAGAGAUUCAAUUAGACGGGCUUUACAGACGGGUAUAACAGCACGUCAAAUCUGUCAAUAUUUACGAUCAAAUUCGCAUCCACAAAUGCAGCAACAACAUUCGUCCUCUAUUCCUACGUCGUCAACCUCAUUGAUUCCUGUAACAAUUACUGAUCAGAUUUACUUAUGGGAACAAGAGAGACGAAGGUUUACAUGUGCGGAAGAAGCCGAAUUUGUUGCAUUUCGUGAUUUUUCACUUGAAAAUAAAUUUGCAUUUUGGUAUUGCAAUAUUUCAAGGCAAGUUCUAAUUGAUUCAGAAUGGGAUGGACGUGUUAAAGAUUGGUGGACAGAAUAUAGAAAAACUUUAUGA